UCGGAGUUGUUAAGGUAAAGACGGCUUUCAAACUACGGAAAUGUAUAAAAUUCCAGCGGUAUUCUUCGGUUUGUGCGCGCUUUUCUUCGAGCUAUCGACACAGGCCAGUUUACCAAGUGAUUUAUACUACAAUGCUGGUGUGGUGGAAUUUCGACCUUCGGCAGCGAUGACCAGCGAAAGUCGUCUCAAUGAUAAUUUGGCGGGAUAUUUGGAAAUAUUGGCUUCCAAAGAGGCUGAGUCAUUGGACAUAAUAGUGUUUCCGGAGAGUACUUUGAACAAUAAUGACGAUAUGACAUUUGUGCCAAAUCCUUCCAAAGUAAAGGUGAUCCCGUGCGAUGCCGAAGAGGGGGAGGAUUACCAUAAUGUGCUAAAACAGCUGUCCUGUGCAGCCCGCAAGUACGCCAAGUAUCUUGUUAUCAAUUUAACCGAAAAGGAAUUGUGCUCCGAGGUUCUUGAGGACCCCAGGCCCUGUGCCAGCAAUGGCCUAAAUAUAUUCAAUACCAAUGUGGUCUUCGAUCGCCAGGGAACAGUGAUAUCGCGUUACCGCAAGGUCCAUCUGUAUGGGGAAAACAAAAAUUUCACUUAUGUGCCUGAGUUUGGAUGGUUCGAAACAGAUUUUGGUGUGCGCUUCGGCCACUUUAUAUGCUUCGAUAUACUCUUUUACUCGCCGGCUCAAGAAAUGGUAGACAAGCACGGUAUCAAAGAUUUUAUUUUUACCACUAUGUGGUUCUCACAGCUGCCCUUCCUAACAGCUGUUCAAAUACAACAGGCCUGGUCUUAUGGAAAUGAUGUCAAUCUGCUGGCAGCAGGUGCUUCCAAUCCAGUGGCGGGUAGCACAGGUACAGGCAUUUAUAAUGGACGCAAUGGCACUCUGGUGGCUGUCAUGAAUCAGGGAUUGGGGAAACGCACUCUAUAUGUGUCCCGGGUGCCCAAAUAUCCGCAUCAAAAGCAUAGGGCAAGAAGAUCUUUACCAUCUGCCCCCACCACAAGACUAGAAAAACCAGAUAUUUUUCUAAAACGGGAUUAUCUACAAUUUUAUGACACCAUUUCAGUGGAUCUUAGUAAGGGCACUCAUUUAUCGCAAAAAUUGUGCAACUCCAAUUCGUCAUUAUGUUGCUCAUUCGAUUUGCAUUGGCAGCCCUUGUCACUCAAUGAGGAUUCCCAGCAUUAUCACUAUCGCCUGGGGGCUUUUAGGGGCAUACGCAAUGAGGCGGCCGUCGAAAAAAAUAAACUCAUGAAUUGUGCCUUAAUCAGCUGCAUAGGCAAGGAGGACAUAAUGGAUUGUGGCAAGGUGCACAGCAUCAAUACGGAUGUUAUUUUUGAGAAUAUUACCAUUGAGGCUACCUUUCCGAAAGCCAAUGGUUUCCUCUUAAUGCCCAAUAGUUUGAAGGCAAGUGAUUUAAUGCCUGUGGCAGUAGGAGAAUUUGAAUGGUCUGAAGUUGUAAGAAACGACAACCAAAUCGAUGUUCGCUACAGUUUGAAUACCUCCACCAGUAAUCUCUUGGCUUUUUCAAUUUAUGGCAAUUAUUAUGACGGCUAUGGCUUGGGUGAUGGUGCUUCUUCAAUGGUGAUGUCUACUUUGUGCGGAUUAAUUGUCGUUUUAGUUCAUCUAUACUUGUAGGGAAUUAAAUACGAUUUUUCUAAAAACAACAAAUCAAUAAACUUACAACAAGUAAAUCUA